CAAGAGAUAACCACAAUUCCCAUUUAUUAUUCAAACUUAGAGUGAGGUUUGUGAAUCAGGGUAAAUUAGCAUAAAUUUGUUGCAAUUUCAAAAAGGCAAAAAUGGCAGUAGAACUUUCAAAGUGAUCGCCUAAGCGGUCCACAGAAGGAAACACAAGGUUGCAGCUCACAGGAGAGCAGACAAAAAAUCUGCUAACAACGCCGGCACAGCUUGUUGCAUGAAAUCUGAUAAGAAAAAAUAACAGUGUAUAAGCUCAUGUUUAAGGCACGUGUUUCUUUCUGGAAACAGCAGUUCGGGGCUCCUUCUGUGCUUGAGUUUACAGCGUAAACAGCAAACUAAAAUUUAAUGUUGUCCUUUGAGCCUUUCAGAGCUGAUCAGGGACUGAAGAUUCUCACUCGUGUCCCCUCUUCAUCAUAUGAGAAGGCCGUUGGCGGCCAGCUGCUAAUAUUUUGGGUGUCUGUUAAUCGUUUGUAUUCCAUCAGAAAUUUGGCCAUUGGCAUCGGCAUCCAGAAUUUCCCUGAAGGGUUGGCAGUGAGCCUGCCCCUCCAUGGAUCAGGGGUCUCAACCUGGAAAGCUUUCUGGUACGGUCAGCUGAGCGGCAUGGUUGAACCGAUUGCCGGGCUGCUCGGCGCCGUAGCUGUUGUUCUGGCAGAACCUCUGUUGCCGUACGCGCUGGCAUUUGCUGCCGGGGCGAUGGUCUAUGUGGUGGUGGAUGACAUCAUACCUGAGGCUCAAGUCAGUGGGAAUGGAAAGCUAGCAUCCUGGACCUCCAUCCUAGGCUUUGUAGUGAUGAUGUCACUAGACGUGGGUCUGGGCUGAGGUCACCAUGAGGCCCGCAAACCCUCACUGGCCAUGAUGUUAUCACAGUGAUGCUCA